UUGGCUGAGCAGAGCCAGUAUAUUUCCUCACUCCCAAACAAUGUGAGAGUGAGCAGAGUGUUCAGAGCAUUGAGAGGACAGAGAGAAGCCAACAGGAAAACUCUUCAACACAUCUACUGAAAGACUACAAGAGGAGGCUUGAUACAUAAGUCCUACUGAAGACAUCAGGAAACAAAGAUGGCAGUCAGUUCAUUUAAUCGUGGGCAAUGGGCCUCACAGUCCUUACGUGUUACAGCAAAGGAGCUCUCCAUUGUUGGCGGGCGAGGCAAAAACACGGCCAUCGCUGAGCGAUUUUCCAAGUACCAGAAGGCAGCAGAAGAAACAAGUUCAGACAAGAAAAAAUCUCCAGAGAAGUCGACUCCUUCCCUGCGCAACGGCAAUCUGAGUGCCCUGAAGCAGCUCUGGGAACAACCGGCUGAAACGCCUACAUCUCCAGAACCCAAAACACUUUCCAGACAGCAGGAGUACCAUCAGCGACAGCCUUUAGAGAUUGGUGUUAACACCUCACUGGAGUCCACAGACGUCCAGCUUAUUGACGACACAGAGAGCCAGUUGUUGAGCGACAGUGAGCAGCCAAUGGAGAAGUGGACGCAAAAAGAUGUGCCCAUUGAAAAGCCCACAGUGCCUCUCAACAGCCUGAAGAUGAUGUUUGAGAAAGGAGAGCCCCUUCACAAUAAUGAGUCUGGGAAAGCAGGAGACGGUGGAUCCGAGAAUAUGGAACCAGGAGAUAAAGAAAGUCUUGACUCUGGAGUCAAAAUGGUGGAGUCCACCCCUCUCAGGGACCGAAUGGCCAUGUACCAGGCAGCUGUGACUAAGCUCGAUUUCCCUUCCUCCCCCACUAGUGAACCAGCAGACAAUGAAGUCCGCAGUCACAGUGGGAAGCAGAAGGAAAAUGUGCCACCAUUGUCUGCUGAUGUGGGCUCUGAAUCCAACACUAUGAAAAGUCCCAGUUCAGACAGGAAUGGCUCUGUUAUAAGUCCUGAACAAAACCAGCCUAAAGCUGUUAGGAAGUUCCGUUUGCCUGUCCGUGAAACCUGCGUGAUGUGCCUUAAGACCGUGUACCCGCUAGAGAAACUUGUAGCGAAUCAGCAGAUUUACCACAACACCUGCUUCCGCUGUGCCUACUGCAACACCAAACUCAGUCUGGUGAACUACGCCUCUUUGCACAACAACGUCUACUGCAAGCCGCACUUCUGCCAGCUGUUUAAAGCCAAGGGCAACUAUGAUGAGGGUUUCGGCCACCGACCCCACAAAGAGCUUUGGGAGGCGCAAAAAGAAGGAACUGAAGAGCAAGUGAAGCUGUCACCUCAAGAAACCACCUCCAGCCCAACAGUAGAGGAGUCUCCAUUGGUAAAAGUUAACGUGCUUGCGGCCACUUUAGAGACCCGAACCCAGGCCUCCUCUGAGAGGGUGGAGAAGCCACUGGAGACGGGACGACUCAAGAUAUCCUGGCCACCUCAGUCAGAAGGGGAUGAGAGCGCAACCCAUGUGUCUGGAACUACUGACGGCUGUGGCAUUAAACCCAUCCGCCCGAAAUGGCCUCCAGAGGGCGAUACGGUAUCAAGCAACUCAGACCAGUCUGACCUCCCAAAGAUUCGCAGGAGCGUCUCACUCAAGGAGAGAAGCAAGCCGUUUUCCAUCUUCAGCUCUCCGCCGGUCACCCAACCCAGCAAAAUUUGCCAAAGAUCUCCUUCAAAUGAGAAGCCAAGUUCAGAGGAGGAAAUGUCACCUGUUUCUUCCACCAGCGAUACGGUGAUCUCCUCCGAAGACAUGACUGAAAUCAACCAAUCAGAAGAGGAGGAUCAGGGUGAAACCAAGGAGGAAGACAAUGAGGAAAAGAUGGAACAAGAGGAGAAACUGGAAGCACAAGAAGAGGAGCUUUCUUCUCUAAAAUGCAGCUCACCAGACAACAGUCCUUCACUGUCACCUGUGAGCGAGUCUGGGUUGGAUCCUGAAAAGAACCAGGCCUCACAAGAUGUGGGCUUUUGGGAUGGAGAAGAAGCUGAGGAAGACAGAGCUGAUGUCUCUGUGGAGGACCUCAUUAAGAGGAACCGCCAUUACUACGAUGACGAUGAAGACGAUGUGGUCUGAACGAUAGAUUAGAUGUCCAUGGACUUUCAUUUCCCAGAAACACCAGCGUAUUUUCAUGUAGUCUCUGUUUGUCUGUCUUUCGUGCAAUUUUUCAUGUUUUCAGCUUUUACAUGUGCCUAUAAAUGUAAACUAGAAACCAAGUAGCUGUCAGGUUAUUCAGAAGGUCUCUCUAGUCUAGAUGAUACACUAGAGCUCAUACAGUCUCUUCAAACCUAGUUUUAUGAAAUUUUAAUUCAUUUGGUACUUUUUCUAUGUUUUAUAUAUUCAUAGGCUCAGAAUAUUUUAUUCUGCUGCUGAACAUUUGCAUCUCAGAACAAUUAAAGAAAAAAAAAAUGUUGCUGUUGCUUUGAGAAUUUAAAUGUGAUUAUUAGGCCAAUCUUAAUAUGUUAAUUUCAAGCACCCAUUUGGUUUUUUUUUAAUUUCACACAAGUGGUCUAUCACUACUGUAAUGCACUUGGAUGUACUUUAAAUGUUAAACACCCCCGGCUGUACCACAUUUGAAAGAAUUGGCAACCUUUGAAUGUUUUAGUUUAUAUCAAAAUUGUAUUAUUUAACUAUUUUAAAUGUCACUUUUUUAUCAUGGGACCAAAUAUCUUGGAAUGCUUUUGUUUCAAAUAAAUUUACGAUUACAAAA